AUGUCUUACGUCCCCGAGAACCCCACCAAGUCCAACGGCCAGUUCCACAGCGUCAAGGGCACCAUCGUCGAGACGAUUGGCAACGUUACCGGUCUUCAGGACUGGCAGACGAGUGGCCGCGAUGAGCACGCGUCCGGCGAGGCCGAGUACAACGCUGCACAGGCCAAGGGCUACGUCGAGGGAACCGCUGAUCGCGUUGGCGGCAAGGUCGAUUCCGUCGUCGGUGCCGUUACGGGCGACAAGCAGCAGCAGGCGUCUGGCAACAUCCGCCAUGACGGUGGUGUAACCAAGCAGGAGAUCAACAAGCCCGAGUAA